UGUGGACUGAAUGGAAUAGUGAAACUAAGGGGGCGGCGAUUUCUUAAUUUUUAUCACAAACUUUCAUUAGUUUCUUCUUGUUAUUAUCAACAAAGAACCUACUCAAGAUUAGCAUAAUCGUCCUUUCAAUCCAUUAAUGUUCACAAAUCUUUUAAUCUAUUAAAAGGGGAAAUUUUGAGUGAAAAAAAAUGGAAACAGGUUUGCAUGAACAGGAAUUUUCUCAUUCUCUGGUCGGUGAUGAAUCUAAGACAGAAAUGGGUUCUGGGGAUUACGGAUGCUCGCAUUAUAGAAGGAGAUGCAAAAUUAUAGCACCUUGUUGUGAUGAGAUCUUUGAUUGCAGGCAUUGUCACAAUGAGUCAAAGAAUUCUUUAGAAGUUGAUCCACUAAAACGACACGAUGUUCCUCGCCAUGAUAUAAAAAGGGUCAUUUGCUCAUUAUGUAACACAGAACAAGAUGUUCAACAAACAUGCAGUCAUUGUGGGGUUUGUAUGGGGAAGUACUAUUGCUCAAAAUGCAACUUCUUUGAUGACAAUGUUUCCAAGGAUCAAUACCACUGUGAUAAAUGUGGAAUAUGCAGAACUGGUGGCAAAAAUAAUUCGUUUCACUGCAACAGAUGCGAGUGCUGCUAUUUGAAUCUGAUGAAGGAAUCACAUAUAUGUGUAGAGAGAGCAAUGCACCAUAAUUGCGCUGUUUGCUUCGAGUAUGUUUUUGACACGACGAAAAGCAUUACUGUCUUGCCUUGCGGUCACACCAUGCAUCUGGGAUGUGUGAUGCAGAUGGAACAGCAUUCCCAGUAUUCUUGUCCUGUUUGCUCAAGAUCAUAUUACGAUAUGUCUCGUGUUUGGGAAAAACUAGACCAGGAGGUUGCAUCAACACCUAUGCUUGAAAUGUAUCAAAACAAGAUGGUUUGGAUCCUUUGCAAUGACUGUGGGAAAACAUCGGAGGUUAUUUUCCAUGUCGUUGCACUUAAGUGCCCUAGCUGUAAAUCUUACAACACUAGGCAGACAAGAGGAGGCCCCAGUUCAUACUCAUCUGGAGUUGAAGAAAUGGUUAGAUGAGGUUUAAGGUUCUUAAUUGAGACCUAUGAGCCAAUCGCAUUUGUUUUCACGUUGCUGUUGUCAAAUGUCAACCAUCAAUCACUGCAACGGGAAGGAUUAACAAGGCAGCUGCAGGACGAUAUUUUCAGCCACAGAGGGUUCAGAACAUCGAUCCGUUCCUUUAUUUUCAAGUAAUCUUUUCUGCAUUUGCGAAAAGUUUACUUAAUCUGAUCCGUAGAUUGUAAUGUAAGUCUCGGAGCAUUGUAAUGUAAGUCUCGGAGCAUGCUGUCUCGAUAUGAUAUUAGCUGCUUUUUAUUCCUAACAACAACUCCAGAAAGCUUUUCUGGUGAUCAACCUUGUUAUCUGGUCCUAGUUUUAUGAAAGCAUAUGUGACAGGUAUUGCUUGAGGAAAUACUGGAGACCUA